CCAGUCAGACUCCUCCUCCCUGGGAAAGUGUGUGUGUGUGAGAGAGAGAGGAGGGGGAUAGCAAGAGAGGCACACAAUGAAGGGCAGAAGAGGAUAGAAUCAGAGGUUGUAUAACCUGUGCCGGGAAAACAGGGAAUCUAUGCCUUGGAUAGUGAUCUGCUUUCUCAUUCUUCCUUAGAAAUUCAUGAACUGUUGUUGAUGAACCUCAAGCUGUGUUGAGGAGAAGAUAGCAUGAAGAGUUCAUGUCAUGUUUGUGCUACCACAUACAGCCACGUGGUGCCACGCUUCCAACCGGUUUCACCAGCUGUUAGCCUGGUCUGCUCUGCAACUGAUCACUACACACCAAGGGAAACACAACUCAAGGACACCCAGCAAAAGGCUACAAUGACUUGUGGAUAACUAGAAUUCCAGGAUUAGUUGUAGCAAGAAUUCUUUCAGCACAGAUUCUAUGAAUGCAAAUAUUACCCAUAAUUCUCUUGCAAAAUGGGAAACAUACUUAAAUGCUGUUACCAAGUGUCUCAUUUUAUCUGGGGUCAGGAUGUUCCUGGCCAAACUGAGGAGCAAUCUCCUCUUCUGUCAAGGCAAAACAGUGAUGUUGAAAGCCUUUCUCCAUCAAAGACUUCUGCCAGCACAUCUGAUGUGCUGCCAUUUCCUGUCCUUGACCAAGACCACCUCCUUUACCCUGAUAUAGUCCUGAGCAGUAACCUUCGAGCUGUCCUGGACAGAGAAGACUUAGCCCAGCCAUUAGAACUUGUGUUAGCAGAGAGAGGGCAAAAACAUGGGAGAAAUGAUGGAAUAGAUCAAACUCAUGAGGGUUUUGGAGGCGAAGAUGAUGCAGUAAGAAUGUCAAACACAAGCAUUAGCCAACAGGAGCUCCAGUAUUUGGACAGGAAUCAAUUAUGUGCCACUGAGAAAGAAUGGCCUUUACUGUCUUCCUUAUACUCACAGCAGUGGCCUACAGAGCAACCAACUGCUGUUAAUUCCACUUCUCAGACCCUGAUCUACACUCAUGGACAGGAAACAAGAAUUUGGAGCAAUUCCAUCUGUCAAGAUGUGCAGUUACUAGCACAGGGAAACACUAGCCAACAACUCACUUCUUCAGAGCCACAGUCUGGCCACUCACCUUUGUUGGAAAAACUUGUAAAGGAUGCUACACAGACUGACUUUGACAACUUUGACACCGUUAAAGCGAGAGUGGGUGGGGCUCAUAUUGAGCCGAAAGAACAAGAUGCCUCUGAGCUAGCAAAGGGUUUUGCUCCAGAACAGAUGGAGCAAAACUUGGUGCAAUGGGGCAUGAACUUAGCACAACUGGGACCAGAAGUUAUACAGACAGCAGGACAUCUGCUGCUAAAUGCAGGUGAGAGUAAAAACAGAGUUGUAUGUUCAGAUACAAAUGUAGCACAGAUAGAUGAAUGUGUAGUAGCCCUGGAUCUGGAGGGAAUUCAACAAGUGGAACAUUAUCCGAUUCAAACAGAACAGGGAGAAGCACAUCAUAGAGAGACCAUAGCACAGCCAGAUGGUGAUGAAGACCAUGAUCCAUUAUCUGCAAAGGAUCCCGUACUUAAUUUACUGCAGGCUAAGCAGCGUGUUGAAAAGAAUCAACAGGAGACCUUACAGACAGAACAGGUUAAGUUAGAGCAGGAGUCAGAAAGGAACCUUACACAGAUGGUAAAGGCCGUGGGCCAAACACUAGUGCACAUAGAACAACAUACUGCUGAGAAUGGGCAGGAGGUUUUACCAAAAGAGCAAGACAGGAUGGAGCUAAGAGCUGUUUUAGAAGAACAACAUAACCAGAGGUCAGAAAGGCAGAGAAAAGAUGAAGCUGAGGCUGAUCAGAAUAUGGACCAGACAAAAGAGGUUGUGGUUCAGAUUCAACAGGAGGAGAACACAUUUGGAAGACAGCAGGAUCCUGAGCAGACAGCCAUGGUUAUUGACCAAGGAACAGACAAGGAAGAGACUGAUCGCUUUACCCUGUUUGUGGUCGACAAGCUGUUCUUGGCCACCCCGAAUAUUACAGGACCAAGUACUGAUAAUGCCUUCAGUGGCCAAGCAGAGUUGUCAGAGCUGGAUAGGUACAGAGCUAAAGAACACCAGGAUGACCCUGCUGCUCUCGAAGACACCCCUGAAGAUACAGGAUUCACAGUCAAGAUCCAGGCUCCUGGCAGUGAGCCCACUGACUUCCAAGUGUCACCUUUAGCCAUGGUACAAGAAAUCAAGCAAGUGUUGAUGGACCGCGAGGAGACUUGCCACCGUACUUGCUUCUCCCUGCAGUUAGAUGGAAACACACUGGAUAACUUCGCCCAUCUGAGGUCAGUUGCUGGUCUACAAGAGGGCUCACUUCUCAGGAUUGUGGAAGACUCAUACACAAUUCGGGAGGUUCGUAUCCACCUGCGUCACAUCAGAGAUCUGCUGAAAAGUUUGGACCCCACGGAUGCCUAUAAUGGAGUGGAGGGCAGCUCACUGUCCUUUCUCAGGUUCUUCACUGAAGAACAUACAGAAGACAGCGGCAAGGUGAAGAAGAAAGGUGAGGAGCUGAAGCAUUUCAGCUGCAGCCCUCCUGAGUACAUUCUUCCUGGAACGAAGGAAUGUUUUUUGGCACCGUUGCAGCCUCAAACUGAGAAGUUGAAGCCUACUGAGUGCCUGAAGGUUUUGGCGACAAGUAGCUGGAAUCCUCCUCCAGGAAACAGAAAGAUGCACGGUGAUCUCAUGUACUUGAACGUGGUUACCAUGGAGGACAGACACUGCAGUGUUACAGCAUCAACACGGGGCUUUUAUAUCAAUCAAUCCACUACUUACAGUUUUAACCCAAAGCCUGCAAGUCCCAGUGUGCUUAGUCAUUCUUUGGUGGAGCUCCUUAGCCAGAUCAGUCCAGUUUUUAAGAAGAACUUCAUUGCUCUACUGAAGAAGAGAACAUCAACACACCCCUUUGAAAGGAUAGCCACUCCUUUCCAGGUGUUCGGCUGGACAGCUCCUGCCCUUGACCAUGCCAUGGACUGUGUUCGAGCUGAGGAUACCAGCUCCUCCCAUCUGGGCUACGAAGACCAUGUGCCUGGACAGAUUCGUGACUGGAAUGAAGAGCUUCAGAGCACCAGAGAGCUUCCACGCAAAACCCUCACUGAUCGUCUACUGAGAGAUAGAGCCAUCUUUAAGGCUAACAGCGACUUUGUGACCACUGCUACACGAGGUGCGAUGGCAGUGAUUGAUGGCAAUGUGAUGCCCAUUAACCCUAGUGAAGAUCCACGCAAUCAGAUGUUCAUCUGGAACAGUAUCUUCUUCAGCCUGGGCUUUGACGUGCGAGAACACUAUCAGGAUCUGGGUGGUGAGGCCGCAGCUCAUGCUGCCUCAACCAUUGAUCUAAAUGGUGUUAGAGCAUAUAGCUUGGUGGAUGCAGAUGGCCUGUAUGUGCUUGGUACUGUGGUGGUGGAUUAUCGAGGUUUCCGUGUCACCGCCCAGUCGAUCGUUCCAGGCAUUCUAGAGCGUGGUCAGGAACAGAGUGUAGUGUAUGGUUCCAUUGACUUUGGAAAAACUGUCAACUCUAAUGAAAAGUACCUGAAACUGCUGGACAAACCCAGCAAGCAGCUGAGAGUGCAGCGCCACCUAGUGCUCAACAAAGACGACACAGCCGUGGAGUUGUGCUCCUCUGUGGAAUGUAAAGGCAUUGUGGGUAAUGAUGGCCGCCACUACAUCCUGGACCUGCUGUUCACGUUUCCGCUUGACCUCAAUUUCCUGCCUUUGGAAGGGGAGGAGCUAAAGCCUGAGUGUCAACAGCUCGGUUUUCCACGGCAACACCCACAUCGCCUAGCCUGUCUGAGGCAAGAGCUGAUUGAGGCUUUUGUAAAGCACAGAUAUCACUUAGUUAUGGAAGCAGUCUCUGAAGACGUAGAGCAAGAAGACAACUGCAUCAAAGCUGCUGCAUCUCCUCUGGUAAACCACAGCCCAAAUGCAUCUCCAAACUCUUCCAGCCAGGAUAUAGGUGGUACUCUAGACACAGCUAUCCAGAACACUUCUCCCAGGGAGAGUAUUCCUUCUUCCUUCAGAAACUCCUCCUUUGACAUACGCUUCAACCCUAACAUUUUCUCACCAGGUGUGCGUUUCCCAAAGGAAAGUUGUAAGGAUAUUCAAGAACAGAAGCAGCUUUUAAAGGAUGCUGCAGCCUUCCUCAUUUCCAGCCAAAUCCCCGCCUUAAUUAGGAGCUGUCUUGAUCACACCACAAUGCCCAUGGAUGGUGUCACCCUGACUGAGGCUCUGCAUCAAAAUGGCAUCAAUGUCCGAUACCUAGGUACAGUGCUGGAGUGCAUUGAGAAGAAUUCUCAGAAACACAGAUUGGAUCAUGUUUAUAGAAUUGCACUGUGUGAGCUGAUCACCAGAUGCACAAAACAUCUCUUCAGGACAUACUUGCUAGCUGUGGAGCCAUCUGCCCUGUCUGCCUCAGUCAGCCAUUUCCUCAACUGCUUCCUCAGCUCCUCACCUGAUUUGCCAGGGACACAGCAGAUGGACAGACUGGCGUCCAGACGUAGGAGCCGGCGGAGGCGGAGCCGGGGCUCAGUGGGUGGGGCAGUGACAGCCUGGGCCAGCCUGACCACCAGUGAGCUCUGGAGGACUGUCCAGGCUGAGGCUCUGGAAUACUACCAUUACUGUUUGCCAUGUGAAAGUGUAGAACAGGCAGUGGAUAAAUGUGGCCUACAAAGGAUUACCCUUCUCAGAGAGAUUUCCAUCAAAACUGGCAUCCAGAUCCUUAUCAGAGAGUACCACUUUGAUGCUAAGCACAAGCCAGUCUUCACCGAGGAGGAUGUCCUCAACAUUUUCCCCAUAGUAAAACACAUCAGCCCCAGGGCCAGUGAUGGCCUCUAUUUGCUACACUGUGGUCAGGCCAAGGUCCAACAAGGCUGUCUGAAAGAAGGCUGUGAGCUGAUUAGCCAGGCUUUGGGCCUGUUCACUAAUGUGUAUGGGGCUCUACACCGCGAUGUCUGCACCUGUCUCCGUCUGCUGGGGCGCAUUUACUACAUCUUGGGAGAUUACUCUGAGGCGCUUAGUCACCAACAGAGGGCUGUACUGAUCAGUGAGAGAGUGCUGGGGAUUGAGCAUCCUAACACCAUACAGGAAUAUAAACACCUUGGUCUUUACUGUUUUGCGGGUGGGCAGGCAGCCACUGCGCUGCGGCUACUAUACCGUGCCCGCUACCUCAUGCUGGUGGUGUGCGGAGAGGACCACCCAGAGAUGGCCUUACUGGAUAGUAAAAUUGGUCUUGUACUGCAUGGUGUGAUGGAGUGCGACCUCGCCCUGAGGUUUCUGGAGAGUGCCCUGGCCUUGACCUCCAAAUAUCAGGGGCCCGGUUCCCUUAAAGUGGCACAAAGUCAUCACCUGCUGGCAAAGGUAUAUGAGAGCAAAGGAGAUUUCCGCUCAGCGCUGAGGCACGAGAAAGAACGCUACAUGAUUUACAGGAACCAGGUUGGAGAAGCACAUGAGAAGACCCGAGAAAGCUCAGAGUAUCUGAAACACCUCACGAAUCAAGCUGUGAUUCUGCAGAGGACCAUGAAUAUGAUAUACAAAAACAGUUCUGGGGCCAAUAUUACACCUCUCAAACUGACUGCCCCGAGCCGGCUGUGGAUUGUGGAGCAGCUAAAUCUCGUGACUGGCAUUGUCCUGAUUCCACUCAGCAACAAGGACCUAGAGACCCUCAGAGUAAACCCUCAGAAAACAGCUGCUUAAAUGCAAAUGCAAAGGUUGGCUCAGGCAGAAACUACAGGAGCACCUCCUAAUGUCUUGGAGGACGGAUGUGCAGCAGUGAAAAUCUGCGGAGAUUUGUAGGUUGUCUGUGAUGAGCUCAUAGAAUGAUGUUAGGAAAGAGAUGACCAUAUUUGGUUUAUAAAUGAAUAAAUGAGGAAGUAAAGGAGAAUCGUAUGAACCACUGACCACAGCAUGUUUAUGAUCUGAGCUCAAAGCUGUAGACAUGCUGUAAAUGCUUUUCUGCAUGUUUGGUCUUCAUCAAAGGACCUUAAAGCUGCAGUAUUGCAAGAUUUGCAGAUUUGGAGACCUCUUUGGUGGAAAUGCGUAGUUGUUCGCUGAUUGUACUUCAGUCCCCGUCCCCGAGAGGAUGAAUACGUUAAGGCGUAUUCAAAGGGCGCUCAGACAUAACUUGGCGAAGGAUGUGUCUCCCAAGGAUGUAACUUAAUUAUCUACUACUGUCAUCAUAUCAGCAUAAUGUUAAUUUUGCAUUUGAGAUCUAAACAUCAAGCCAGACCUUCUUUUUGUGCCUCUGCGUGUGACAUUAAUACAUAAAGAUUUCAGGUUUGACAGGCUGACUUGCAACAGCGCAUGCACAGCAUAUUUUCGCCUGUUUUUUUCUUGACUCGAUAAUGCUACUUCUUUCGAUUUUAACAAAACAAAAACUUACAUAGUGCAGCUUUAAAUUAAAGCAAAGCAAUGUUUGGAAUGUUUAGAAUUUGCAAAAAACUAAUAUUUAUUAUAAAUCAAACAUAACUGAAGUGAAUGUAACCUUUCAGCACUUGUCCACAAUGUAGCUGCUUAUGCCUUACUUUUUAUCUUCAUAUGUAACUAUUGUAUGAAUGAACUGUGUGUUUAGAGUAAGGAUACAUAAAGUACUUGUUUUGGAUGGAUAUGCAUGUAACUCUGAAUUUGUUUGCCUUUUAUUGGGCACCUGAAAAUGCCAUUAACUGCAUUGUGUGAAAUGCUUUUGUGAAAUGUGCAAAGUUCUAAAAUAAAUAAAAUUGGAUGCAGUUGAAUCGGUAAA